UUUGCUCUCUCACACUGGAGUGGCCAGUCUGUAUCUGGAAUUCAACGAGAGUAGUCGGAUUUGACUCUUGAGAAAAUCUUGUAAUUUAUUUAAUAUUCCACAACGCCGUGGUUGUCUCUUGUUUUUUUUCUUUUCCUUUUGUACAUAAAGUGCUCUCCUUGCAAGUAACCAUGGCUGCUAAUCGUGCCACUAAGUCUGGAUUUGCCGCUGAGGCCCAGAGAAAGAUCAACUCCAAGUAUAGCGAUGAAUUGGCGUCUGAGUGUCUCGAGUGGAUUAAGGAGAUCACGGGUGAGCCUGCCAGCACCUCCGGAGACAUGGAGAACUUCUAUGAGGUACUCAAGGAUGGAGUGUUGCUGUGUAAAUUGGUCAAUUGCCUGCAACCGGGCUCCGUGAAGAAGGUCAAUGAGAGCAAGAUGGCAUUCAAGUGCAUGGAGAAUAUUACAAGUUUCCUCGAAGUUGCCAAGAACAUGGGAGUUCCUGCCCAGGAAACAUUCCAGAGUGUGGAUUUGUGGGAACGACAGAACCUCAAUUCCGUGGUCAUUUGCCUACAGAGUCUUGGCCGAAAAGCCCACAACUAUGGUAAGCCAUCAAUUGGACCCAAGGAGGCAGACAAGAAUGUCCGUCACUUUUCUGAGGAACAACUCAGAGCUGGCCAGAAUGUCAUCUCGCUCCAGUACGGCUCCAACAAAGGUGCCACUCAAAGUGGCAUCAAUUUUGGCAACACGAGGCACAUGUAAAAGCCCCACAAAUUCCCCAAAAGCCAUAUUCACGGCAUUUGCUCCUCCUUUUAAAAUCAUUUUUCUUCCCCAAAUCCUUCCUCCUCUCUCUAGAGAUGCAGCAAUUAUUGAAAAGGAUAAAAAAAAAACCGUAGAAGCCUUCAAACAUUCCGGAAGAGUAAUUAUAUUUUUGUACGUUCCACAUAGAAAAGUGCAUUACAAUAUUCCUGUUUUUUUGCCUAAUUAGAGAAAAUAGUCAAACUAUUUCCUCAGAGGAUUUAGAGAAAGUUUAUAGAAAAGGUAUUUUUGAGAUAAAAAGAAAGAUAUUUUCCCAUCUUUGACCAAGAUUGUUCAUCCCAAAAUUGAUGUAAAACUAUAUUGUAUUAAUAAAAUUCUAUAUUGAACAAUUUA